GAGUACCUUGUUACACCGAAGGGAAACACUGUGCCGAUCUUUGCUUACUGUCUUAAAAAGACUCAACUGAAUUUUGAGGGGAAAAACGUCCUCUAAGUUGGAAAAAAGUUUAUUUGAAGCUAAUGCGACCUUAUCCGACUGAGGUAAUUUGCAAGAUGGUUGCGAUCAUUACGCACGAACGGAGCUACUCUCAAUGUUUGUCAGGACAGUUGUAGAUCAAAAGCGUAUAGUUUUGUCUUUCUUUUGACUUUUGUUUGAAGAUUUACAUAAAAAUCCUCAUUUGGAUUCCAAGUUCUGACUGAGACUGUGCGCCACUGAAGUGGAGUCCUGUAUUUUGGAGCUGAAAACCCGCAAGGAAGUAUGAAUGCUUCUCUUUUCAACAUGACCCAUGGCGCGCUGUUUAACGGGAGCCAGACCCUCGCUGAAGCUUUGGAUACGUAUUCAAAUAACAGCUCAGACAUGGUGAUGACCGGUGACGGCGGAGGGUCCCUGGUGCUGCUGCAGGAUGAGCGCAAACUCUUUGUCAUGCGUGUGGUCCAGAUCGCGGUGCUGUGCGUCCUUUCCCUUACAGUGAUGUUCGGCAUUUUUUUCCUCGGAUGCAACCUGAUGAUCAAAUCAGAGAGCAUGAUUAACUUCCUGGUGAAGGACCGGAGACCUUCCAAAGACGUAGAAACUGUAAUGAUUGGUCUCGGCUAAAGGGCAGAACUCAGACACUGUGGGAGACCCAGAACGGGGAUCCGGGGCGGAUUUUAGGAUCUGCAUGUGCACGGAACAAUCGAAGAUGCUUGAUUUGUGUCAAGAUUGACGAUAUGCAAAGAAACUUUACAUUUCCUUCCAAAAAAAAAA